UCUGAGCUCUGCCAGGGCUGGCCAGUCAGGAAAGCAGAGAUGCAGGGGGAGGUCCUCCCGCUGCCCACUGGCCCUUUGAGUAGGGUCUUGGCUGCAGAAGGUUCCAUGGGGCCAGAUUAACACCUAAUGCCUAGGUCACACGUGGGGGGGGGGGUGGUACCACUUGAGCAAACAGCUGUGGUGCAUGACUCUGCCAAGAGCCACCCCUCCAGCCUGGCACUGACUCCACGUGACAAUGUGUGACCCCCCAAACUGCAACUGGAAGCCAGGGCUGCGAGUUGCCUCCCCUGCAGGUGUGUGUCCACGCCUGCUUGCCUCCUCACUACAGCACCUGCUGCUGGGUUCUGGUGGCCAGGGGGGCAUAGCCCUGGGCUGACUGCACUCUGGCCCUGUUUUGGGGUCUGGCAAGGAUAUGUGUGUUUGAGCCUUUCUCAGCUGUGCUGCUCAGCUCUUUCUGACCCCAGCCCCUUCAGAACCCAGUGCCAAGGGACUUCCCUGGUGGUCCAGUGGCUAAGACUCCGUGCUCCCAAUGCAUGGGCUCAGGUUCGAUCCCUGGUCAGGGAAAUGGAUCCUGCAUGCCCCAACAAAGAGUUCGCAUGCUGCAACUAAAGAUCCUGUGGGCCACAUUUACGACUGGCACAGCCAAAAACGAACAAACAACAGUGCCAAGAAAUCACCCCAACCCAGACCACCCAGCUCUUGGUCUUGGCCCCUGGGCCCUGAGUGGCACAGCUUGCCAGGCUACCGUGUUUCAUGGAUGCACAUUCUAAUACCAUCUGCCCUGACCCUCCUCUGCUGGGAACUCAGGUCAUUCCACAGCUGGGCUAAGACUCCCUUUAAACACACUGGCCCUGCAAACCCCAGCUGUCCCCGCCCCCAUUUUUACUGUGGCUGGACCCCUCUUACCCUUCUCCCUGGGCCAGUGUCUUCCUCUAAGGGGGUCCUUCCACUCCAUGUCUCCCCUAGGUCUACCACCCACUUCCUACAGCUGCUCCCCCAGCCUGGAAUGGGGUCUGCCUGACUUUCCAACCUAUGCUCCACGAGAUGCCGUGGUCUCAAAAGCAAGUCGACCUCAGACUGGUUGCCCAUUGAUGUGUGGAGUCCGAGCCUCACCCCCUGGAGGUUCUGACUCAGCAGAGCAAGGUGAGCAUGCCAAUCGGCAUGUCUCAUAAGUACCAUCCAGCCCCCUCCGCCCCUCUGCUGGUAGUGGCUGAGGCAGGUGGGCCAGCUGGAGAAUACCACGCUUCUGCCUUCCUGCCCUCCACAAGCAGCAGCCGCUCUUCAUGUGGACUUCCCACACCCACCAGGCUCCCAGCCUGGCCAGAGUCUCCCUCCAGCUUAGGGGCUCUCAGGCCCUGGGAGGUCCAGCGCCUCCUUCCUGUCGUGGGACCUGACGUGGAGAUUUACUGACUACUCCAUAAUGAAGGAAUGACAGAGGCGAGGGGGAGAGAGAAGCUCCGCAUUUGGGGGUGUCUUGCCCACUUGGGAGAUAAAGGAACAAGGUUAAAGUCUUAGAAGCUCUUCACUGAAAACCCUAAUAAGGAGAGAUGCAGAAGCUUCCAGAUUAAGUAACAGUCAUUUACUAAGGGCCUUGCUGUCUCCAGAAGGAAUAUGUGACCUCAGAUAUAUGAACACCCACCUGGGGGCAAUUUGUAUCCACUUUUCUAACUUUUAGCAGCUUGGUGAGGUAAGGAUUAUUUCCAUUCUGCAAGAGGGUCGGGGAGGUGUCACGUGAACCCACAGCAUCUUAUGAGGAUUCAAACCCAGGCCUGGAAGCCUGGGCUUUUGUUCUCAGUCAGAUUGUCUCACUACCCCUGCUUCUGCCCACUCGUCCAAAACAGCUCUCUCUUCAGCUGCCUGAAGGACCUUGUGGUUUCCUUAUUACGCCACCCGUUCAGUCACAAUUGGGCUGAGAGCGGAGCGUGGCUCGGCCCACCAGGUCCUCAGGGCAUCCCUGCCAGCCCAGCCCAGGCCGGCCUGGCCUAGCCACACACACACCAUGAAGUACCCUCUGGUGCCGCUGGUGAACGAGCUGACGUUUUCUUUCCUGGUGUUCUGGCUCUGUCUGCCCGUGGCUUUGCUGUUGUUCUUGCUGAUCGUCUGGCUACACUUCUUACUCAGCCAGGAUUCAGAGGAAAAUGCCUCAGAUGUUUGCUUUGAUUGGGAGCCCUGGAGCAAAGGCCCCGCCAAGUUUUGCCAGAAGACACGCCAUAGCCAAGAGGAGGAGAGGCCCUGCUAG